AUGUGCUUGUCCUCAGAACACAUUAGGAAUGAAUCCAUGCCUCGGUCCUGGCCUCCUCCCCGAGGCUGGGUGCUCAGGCGUCCCCUUCAGCCCCUUUCUCUAGACCUUCCGGCUGAACAAACAAAAACAUCUCACAGCCCUGCAACAGUCAGGAGCUGCUUGUGGAGCUCCACGCCCAGCUGGAGAGAGAGGAGGCGCCCUGGGCAGCCCGCCAGUGCCCGGGCUCUCACAGCGGAAGCCCGCGUCUUCUCGGGCCCUAUUUUGAAAGCUGUUCUUUCCACAAUGGCUUUGACAAGAAUCGAUGAUGAGCCAGCGUGUCAAUACAGGCCAGCCCAGGACUGGCCUCAGGGCCACACUGGGGAGGGUGGCAACCAGGCCCUGGCUGCAGCCCACGUGGGCAAAAGCAUGGCCAGGCAGGAGGUGGGGCCUGUGAGCUUGGCUACAGCGACCAUGGGCGCUGGGUUCAGGGCUCCUCAGCCCUGA